AUAUUGAUUAAUAAAGGUAUGGGUUAUUGUUUCUGAGCUUACAGUACUAUUUUGAGUAUCUGUAAAUGGUUCGCCUAAUGAAGUUUAACACUAUUUGAACGUUCAGAAAAAAGGUGACUAAAACUUGCAGAUGGGAAAGAGGACUUUCGGAGGUCGUGGUAAAGGAUGUGGGUGUGGUAUCGGCUGCGGAUGUGGAUGUUGCGGCAAUUCUGCUUUGUGUAAAUUUUGUCUUGUAUUGUUCAACACUAUUUUCCUGAUUUCUGCCGCCGCCAUUGUCGGUAUAGGAAUACGGGUCAAGGUCGAGAAAAGAUUCGUCAGUUUACAAGAUCUUGUGGAUCAUGGCCUCGGUGACAGCACACUGACAAAUGCAGGAUUGGCUCUGAUAGGGUUCGGACUUUUUGUUGUUGUUGUCAGUGCAUUUGGUUGUCUGGCGGUCUACCGUGGAAAUAAAUUUUUGAUAUUUUUGUACGUGUUAUGUCUGCUGGUUAUAUUUGGAUGUUGUGUGGCAGCAGCUGUUGUGUACGGGAAAUUUAACGGAGAGAUUGAUGAUUCCUUAUCAAAUUCACUCAAAAAGACCAUCAAGACCUAUAAAGAAGGGAGUGAUAAUGCUGAUGAUUGGGAUAACGUUCAGACCUGGCUGAAAUGCUGUGGAUCAAAGGGUCCGAAAGACUAUACGGGAGUGAAAUUCAAUGAUCCGUACAUGUUUGUCCCGACCACUUGCUGUGUUUUGACAAACACAGACGCCGACCACCCGGCACCACAGAAUCGUACACAGUGUCAGAUGGACGCUCGCAUGUACAUCGAUGGAAAUAUUACAUCUUCUCAUGUUCUUGAAACAACUGGAUGUUUUACCAGCCUUCAGGACAUUAUUUAUGCCAACGUCGCCACUAUAAUUGGUGUUGGAGUUACAAUUGCUGUCCUACAGAUACUUGGUAUUUUCUUCGCCGCUGGAUCGUACAUGGACACCGGAAAUGAUUACAGUUACAGUCGUUUGAAUAUCUGACGCAGUGUAGAUAAUAAUUUACAAGAAGAAGUUCUUUAUGUAUCAAAAGUGUGACAAAAUAAACGUGUGUAUUUAAAAAAAUAAAAUAAAAAAAACAACAAAAUAAUGGAUCAUGUUGAUAAAAGGUUUGUCUUCAGAAAUAUCACAGAGCUCUAUUUAAUUGUAACAGAAGUCUUUGGAAGCAUAUAUAAGAAGAGAAAGGCAUCAAAGCAGUGUCGGUUUUUUUUUAAGAAAUUUUCAACAAAUCGUCUGUACAUAUAUCUGUUUUCAUUAAAGCGGCCUUCUGCUUUUAUUUUCUGUUCGAAAAAACAAUUUUGCUUUGUUUCAAACUAAGUAUUUAAGUAAUUUUAUUUUGAAAAAAGAAAAAAACAAAAAACAAA